AUGUACUUGCAAAUCGAGCUGGCAGCAUCGAUAUUUCCAUUGUACACAGAACACUUCCGAAAGCAACUACAAUUUGCUGACUAUGCUCUUGCAGGCUCCGGUGUUGUGUUUCCAGUCCUAGAAAGCACAGAUAACGAAUGGAACAGCAUACAAGAGAGGAGGCGCAGAGUGGAGACAAUUAUGCGCGACCAGGUUGAGGUCGUCGCAGCACUCGGUCAAGGUCGCUAUUGGGAUAUGUAUGAAGCUCUGCACCAGGAGCCUCACACUCUCAUUCAUUUCUUGGAUCAAGAACCAUACCGGAUCGAAUAUUACUGGAACACCCACGCGACUUUCGAUGAAUCCGAAGAUGCUGGUCCCAACAAAUCGAACCUUGCCACCAAAUUCCUGCCUUUCUGCAACAUCGGACGCAUAGUCGUGGGAAGACUUCUUCGACCAGAUUCGUUUUCCCAUGUUUUCGAGCAUCAGCUUACUCCAGAAGAGUCAGACAUUAUGUUACGAUCAAAACAGAAAUUCAGUGAUCUAUGGGAGAUCUUCAUCAGGCACGUUGGAUAUGGCGACUUCGUUCCAGUCUUCCAACCUCCCUCGGAAAACGCAAGCGUCACCAUGCCUUCGGAGAUAAGUUCCAGACAUGAUUGGGAUGACAGCAGUAUCACCAUGUUCGAUGUUAGCACGAAUGGUGAUAAUGUCUCCCAAGAAGAUACACAAGAAAGGCUGGACAGUGGUGUUGGAAUAGACGAGAAGGGAGAAGAGGACGUUGCCAUUGCUGUAGCCGGGGCGGAAGGAAAUGAGGAGAUCGUCCCAGCCGUCAACGGUCAUCAACUUGAGGACGUGGACGGCGUUGGUACUGACGGAGCUGAAGAAUCAUCCGACUCGGAAUCUGCCAGUAUUGCCCUCUCCAACGGAGAUUCACAACAGGAUGAAGGCAAUGGAGUUCUUGACGAAAAUCAAGGCCACACACGCUCAGAUUCGGAGAAUCUUCCUACCACCAACGGACAUCAGGAUGAAGGAGAGAACCAUGGAGUUGCUGACGAGAAUGAAGGCACAUCAAGUGUGAUAGUAGAGAAGGUACCAGCUGUCAACGGUCACUCUGACAAUGAUGAGAACCACAUAACUACAAAUGGCAACCAAGACGUAUCCAAUGAGGUAACAGAGAAUGCGGAGGAGUUGAUCAAUACAUUUGGUAACUUGCCAGACGACGGAUUCGAGAUCGCAGAACAGAACCCUGAAAUCGUGGCAGCACUUCAACUGGUGGUAGCGCUGGGCAGCAUCAUACGAAGAGAACAAGCAGGAGACCGGCAUGGGUAAAUGACAGAAAGCAUAAUUGCAUGUUGUAGCUAGACCGGAUGCAAACAGAUAUUGGUUGCUUACAAGGAUGGAUAGAUUCUGUUUAGUAUGGCACAAUAGCACCAGCGUGUUUCCCUAGCUAAAGAAGACUUCUCGAAGAGUCCAGUCCAAAGCUCCUGGCAAAACAGCCACCGACUGAAUACGAGUCAGUGACCGAGUGCAUUUCUCAGUCUCUGACCAUCUCAUCUCCGAUUUAGUUGAUCAUAUGCCAGGUUCUCCGCCAUUUCCCCUCAAGAAACAAUAAAUUACCUGACGAAGCCCCCACGAAGAAGCCUGCACGGAAUUUUGAGGCUUUUCAUUUCUUCCACGAGGCGUCGUCCCCUAUGCUGUGUGUCGGCAAUAGCAUUGUAGUUAUGAAUCUUUGGGUGUGAAUAUAUA